GUAUGUUAAGCGACGCUUACUUGUUGUCAACAGAACUCAACUGCACGCACGUUGGAAGAAGUAGAAGAAGAUGAGCGUAAACGAUUUUUGCCGUUUUUGUAAAAGGAAUUUAAGGAGAAAUGGAGUAAUUUCUAAAUCGAGACUAAUUUUUGAGAGAAACAGUAAAGAUAAAUUCUUAUACGAACAAGUUCUCCGUUUAGGAGUAAAACUCCACAAAACAGCAGAAAAAUCGUUUCGCAUGUGUCAUCCCUGUGAUAAGUUAAUAACACGUUUGGAACGCGACCUGCCUGUGUUUAAUAAAUUGACAGACGAGGAAGGAGACCAGGCUGAAGAAGCGUGUUCAUCUCAGGCAUCAGAGAAAAGCGACCGGGAGCCUACUCCCUUCAAGACGCCCAGGGCUCUGAAGAAGUUCUUCCCAAAUCCUUCAACUUCAACGUGUACAAAAACGCGAAAAAGCAUUACAGAGAUCGUGGAUAAUUCAUGUUUGCUGUCUUCUGGACAGUUUCCUGCUAUCAAGUCAAUGACACUUCAAACCCCAGAAGGGAUGCAAGCGAAAAGUAAAAAUGACAGACAGCAUGCAAAAACAACUAUUGACAUCGGCGAAGCUUUUCCGGUGUGGCGAACUUUCCGAGAAGAAAAUGGAUUUAGGUCUGACGCGGAGCUGGCUUUUUACUUACUGAAGAGGUUGCGUGAUGAAGAUCUUUCAGUUCGGAGUAAAAAAAGAAGAUUGGAGACGUUAACUGAUGUGCCUGCACUGCAAGCAAAGGAAAGUGAGAGAAAUUCAUCUCAGUCCAGCCAGGACCGUCAGUCCACAGAUAAAGAUGAAGACAUGGAGGUGGCAGAGAUCUGCUAUGAAGUUCCUUUUCCAUCUCAGACAGAUGAAUUGGCAAAGACUGAACUAAAGUCAUCAGUCCAGAUAAAGUUGGAAGAACAAGCAAGAUCAGUGGACCAGCUAAAGACGGAAGACCAGCUUAAGUCGGCAGUCCAGAUAAAGUUGGAAGAACAAGCAAGAUCAGUGGACCAGCUAAAGACGGAAGACCAGAUAAAAUUGGAAGAACAAGCAAGAUCAGUGGACCAGCUAAAGACGGAAAACCAGAUAAAGUUGGGAGAACAAGCAAGAUCAGUGGACCAGCUAAAGACGGAAAACCAGAUAAAAUUGGAAGAACAAGCAAGAUCAGUGGACCAGCUUAAGUCGGCAGUCCAGAUAAAGUUGGAAGAGCAAGCAAGAUCAGUGGACCAGCUAAAGACGGAAGACCAGCUAAAGCCGGAAAACCAGAUAAAGUUGAAAGAACAAGCAAGGUCAGAAGACCAGCUUAAGUCAUCAGUCCAGAUAAAGUUGGAAGAGCAAGCAAGAUCACAGGACCAGCUAAAGACAGAAAACCAGAUAAAGUUGGAAGAGCAAGCAAGAUCAGAAGACCAGCUAAAGACAGAAAACCAGAUAAAGUUGGAAGAACAAGCAAGAUCAGAAGACCAGCUAAAGACUGAAGACCAGAUAAAAUCAGAAGUCCAGAUAAAGUCAGAAGACCAACUUAAUGAAGAUUUCUGCAAUGGUUUUGUUGCUCCAUCAUUAGGCAAUGAAGAUCCACGGAUUUCUACUUCAACCACUAAAAAAGAAAUAAAAGAAGAACCAGUAGAGACUGAAGUACAACCAGAAAACAGAAUUGAGAUCAGCAUGGACUCUGUUACUACAUCAGACAAAAUCACUCCCAAUUUUGUUCAGACUGUAAACCCAGUGACAGUGCAAGUAAAAGAACGGCUAGUGCCUAAUUUCACAGGACUUUUAAGGACUUGCUUUCAAUGUGGAGAGCCAGUACAGGAAUGUACAACCGGUUCAUCUGGGAGCCUCAACCAACUUCAGUGGAAAUGUUCAAAUGGACACCGCAUAUUUCUUUUCUCCAACAGCAACCUAACACAGACACAUACACAACUGAGCUAGUUUAUAUAAAGGAGUGUCCUUUAAAUAAAGGUUUACUUUGAUAUAACAUCUUCAUCAGUGGAAAUGUGCAAAAAUAACACGCAUAUAGAUUUUGUAAAGUUGGAUGAAAAAUAAAGGUUUACUCUGCUAUAACAUC